UCCACAUUUUCCGGCCCUUUUCAUUCAUGGUCACUUCGUCCUGUCUCUCCGCCUCACUCGCGAAUACAUCCGCCGAUCGCCGCCAGGAAAUCGAAAACCCUCGGUCACCAUUCCCAGAUUCGUAAGAAGAGUGUGUCGCGUUCAUAUAGUUUCGAGAGACGAAUGGCUCUCUCGGCGGCCGACGUCCAGACCGUGUACUCGCUCCUUUCCAAUGCUCUGAGCCUCGACGAGUCGGCCCGCAAGCCGGCGGAAUCCGCCCUCGCCCAGUGCGAGAACCGCCCGGGAUUCUGCUCUUGCCUUCUUGAGAUCGUCGCGGCGAGGGAUUCGGGUUGCCGAGAUGACGUUCGCCUCCUGGCCUCCGUGUAUUUUAAGAACAGCAUCACUCGCUACUGGAGGCACCGCCGUGAUACCACGGGCAUUAGCAAUGAUGAGAAAAAUCAUAUAAGAAAGAAGUUGCUGUUACACUUGCGAGAAGAAAAUACUCAGAUAGCACUUCAGUUGGCUGUACUUGUAGCGAAAAUUGCACGUAUUGAUUACCCAAAAGAGUGGCCAGAGCUCUUUUCUUCUUUGGCACAACAACUCCAAUCAGCUGACAUGCUAGCUUCACAUAGGGUGUUCAUCGUUUUGUUUCGAACUUUAAAAGAAUUGUCAACAAAACGUCUUAGUUCAGAUCAGAGGACCUUCCAAGAGAUCGCCUCACAGUUGUUUGAGUACACUUGGAACCUUUGGAAGAAUGAUAUACAUACUAUACUGCAAAGCUUUUCUACUAUUUCGCAAUCCAUUACCAUGAACUCAUUGGUGGAACAAGGACAUGAUUUGCUUUUGGUUUGUGAAAGAUGGUUUCUGUGUCUGAAGAUCAUUCGCCAACUGAUUAUUUCUGGGUAUCCUAGUGAUACAACAACUGCACAGGAGGUCCCGCUGGUGAAGGAAGUUUGUCCAGUGCUCUUGAAUGCCAUUCAAUCAUUUCUUCCCUAUUACUCUUUAUUCCAGGAACGACAAGUUAGAUUAUGGGACUUCACAAAACGAACAUGUACAAAAUUAAUGAAAGCAUUAGUUGCAGUGCAAUCCAAGCAUCCAUAUUCAUUUGGUGACCAAGCCAUCCUUCCAGCUAUAGUUGAUUUUAGCUUGAAUAAGAUAACAAAUGCAGAACCCACAGUUUCAUUUUUUGAGCAGUUUCUGAUUCAGUGCAUGGUUUUGGUUAAGUCUGUAUUAGAGUGUAAAGAAUACAGGCCGAGCCUCACUGGUCGUGUGAUCAAUGAAAGUGAGGGCUCCUUGAGUUUGGAGCAAAGGAAGAAAAACAUUUCCACAGCUGUUGCUGGCAUACUUAAAACCAUUUUGCCAAGUGACCAUGUCAUACUGCUGUGUAAUAUAUUGAUAAGAAGGUACUUCAUUUUCUCGGCAAAAGAUAUGGAUGAAUGGUAUCAGAAUCCUGAACAAUUUCACCAUGAUCAAGAUAUGGUUCAGUGGACAGAUAAACUUAGGCCAUGUGCUGAAGCAUUAUAUAUUGUCCUCUUUGAGAACUAUAAACAAAUCCUGAGUCCUGUAGUUAUUUCCAUUCUUCGUGACGCGAUGAGUAGCUCCCCACCAUUAGAAACCGAAAUAUCUUCUGCAAUGCUUCUAAAAGAUGCUGCUUAUAGUGCUGCUGGGCAUGUUUAUUAUGAGCUCUCUAGUUACCUCGACUUCAGUGAUUGGUUUCAAGGAUCUCUGGCUAUUGAACUUUCCAACAACCAUCCAAAUAUGCGCAUUCUUCAUCGAAAAAUUGCAUUCAUUCUUGGACAGUGGGCUUCUGAGAUUAAAGAUGACACUAGAAAGCAGGUGUACCAUGCUUUAAUCAGAUUGCUUCAGGACAAUGACAUUGCUGUUAAACUUGCUGCCUGUCGGUCUUUAUGCUAUCUUGUUCAGGACACUAAUUUUUCUGAAAAUGAAUUUUUCGAGCUUCUACCAGCAUGUUGGAACUCAUGUUUCAAGUUGAUGGAAGAAGUUCAAGAGUUUGACUCGAAGGUACAAGUGUUGAAUUUGAUUUCUGUUCUAAUUGACCAUGUCGGGGACAGAAUUUCGCCUUAUGCACAUCAAUUGUCCAAUUUUUUCUGCAAGAUCUGGGAGGAGUCAGCUGGUGAAAGUUUACUGCAAAUUCAGCUUCUAGUAGCACUUAGAAAUUUUGUCGGUUCUCUUGGUUACCAGUCGUCGAUUUGUUAUACAAUGCUUCUACCUAUUCUGAAGAGUGGAAUUGAUGUUGAUAGCCCUGAUUCUCUCAAUCUUCUAGAGGACAGUGUCUUGCUAUUGGAAGCAACACUUUCGAAUGCUCCAUCAAUGAUGCCUCAAUUGCUAGAUUUCUUCCCAUAUCUGGUGGUUAUACUUGAAAGAAGCUUUGACCAUUUGCAGGUGGCUACUAGUAUUAUUGAGGACUACAUUAUCUCUGGUGGCGUAGAGUUUCUCAAUAGGCAUGCUUCAAGUCUAGCUAAACUACUUGAUGGAAUUGUUGGGAAUGUUAAUGAGAAGGGGCUGCUUUCAACUCUUCCAGUCAUUGAUAUCCUGGUCCAGUGCUUUCCUAUGGAGGCCCCUCCAUUGAUUGCUGGAGUUCUUCAGAAACUCAUCCUUAUAUGUUUGAGCGAAGAAGAUGAUCAUAAUCCUUCUAGGACAGCAGUGCGUGCUUCUUCUGCAGCCAUUCUUGCCAGGGUCUUGGUGAUGAAUACCAAUUAUUUUGCUCAGUUAGCAUCUGAAUCAUCCCUUGCUAUGGGCCUUCAACAAGCAGGACUUCCCAUCAACCAGAAUAUACUUCUUUGUUUGACUGAUAUAUGGGUUGAUAAGGUAUAGCACUUGAAAUACAAGUAGUUUUGGAGAGACAAACCUCUUUUGGAUAAUUCUCACAGGAAUCUGUUCCUCUGUAGUUUAGAACGGCAUCAUGGCCACUGAAGUUCUCUUCUGGGGAUGAGCUUGUUUAUCCUUUGGGAUGGUUCAAAGCUCAAGCAUCUCACUUGGUGUCUUCCUCUUCUGUUUGAGAUAUUUCUUUUCUACUGAAGUAUAUGGAAUUACCUUCUCAAAUACCCAGACCAUAUAUUACUAAAAUACUUUCAAAUAUCAUCUCUCUCUCUCUCUCUCUCUCUCUCUCUCUCUCUCUCUCUCUCUCUCUCCAGGAAGUCCCUUGUAAAUUUUAUUAGCAUCUCUAGAAUUUUCAUGUGGAUAGCACGGGAACUUUAUUCACUUUGGUGAAAUUUUACUGAAGGGAAGGUGUUCCUCUGAUUUCCUGGUCUGCCUUGCUAAUAUUGACAGAUUAUAUACAUUUUUGUAGUCAUUUAGCAACAGAUGUCUGAAGGUAAAUAAUAAAUUGUUUCAAGUUUCCGCUCCGAAACUUCUUUGCAGGACCUUUCGGGAUAUUGGAGGCAUUUUAUGCCACCUGUUUGGCAGUUUAUUUUUGGAUGAUUUUACUAUGCCUAUUUGCUGGUUUCUUUUGAAGGCUAGAAACUCAGAUAUCAAGAUUAAGGACGCUGUAGUUUUUUAUCUUAUUAAAAGGUAGUCUAGUAGUUUUUUCAUGUGAAAAUUAUUAUUCAAAGGAAGAAACUCUAUACCUAUCUUUUCUUCUUUGUUCUGUAAGUCGUGUUGUGUGUUGUUUGCUGUGCUUUGGUAUUUACUUUUUUUUUCUCUUUUUUAUCUUCCAUAAUCCUUUUAUUUUCUUUCUGAAAUGAGUUCCUGUAGUAUUUUGCCACUUUUAAAAGGGUCAUUUUUUUGAAGAGGGAUUUUUUCAUGAUUCUUAAGAAAAGGGCUCAUGGACAAACACAAGUUUGCUAUAUAACACAUAAAUGGGGUUUGGGCAUCAGUGAAAUUUGACCUUAUAUAAUUUGCAAUGGUGAUAUCAGUGAUGAGCCUAAUGUCCCUUACUACAGUCCAAGCUUCUCUACAAAUGUCCACACUUUUCAUGAUCCUCUUACGGUAUACAGACACAUUGAGAAAGUAAGAAAGGAAACUAGCAUGUUGAAGUUGUGCCUUGUUAUAGAACAUUGGAUGGAGAUUAGGAUAUGGGAAGUAGAUGAGAAGCCACCUAAAUGGAAUUCGGCGGCUAGAAUCUGUCUCUGCAGAGAGUUGAGGUGGUGCUGUGGGACUUGUUCAUUUAUAAAUUUCAACAGUUGACAGUCUAAAGAUUACAGCAACAGAGUGUUUAUAAAAUUGCUGGUUCACCGAAUAUUAAAUGCUGUGAGCGGUUUUUCUAUUUGCUGGUUUUAAGGCAUAGUCGAAACUGGCUAAGUAUUUAUAGGGUUAAGCCAGUUUUACUGGUCUGUCCAGUCUAAAUUCCAGAACAUUGGAACAAACUAUUUCUUUGAUUCAUCAAAUAUUGAUUAUAGCUUAAUGAAUAUUACAAAUCACAGUUAAUGGUUAAUUCCCUCUUUGAAUUUGGCUUAUUAAUAUGAAAUAUUGCAUUGUUCAGCGAUGUAAUUUAUUCUUGAAAUUGCUACUUCUAAAGGCUUUGGCUUAUCUUCUACAUGUUUUUUUUUGU